AGGACGCGAAACUUCUACGCAACUCCAAAGCGGUUUCUGAUUUAUUCGUGUAGAAACAAACCCUCAUCCCUUUCCCUCCAUCCCUCUCGGCCGACAUCAAGAACACGACGGCGAACUUUCCGGAAAACGAUUGCUCAGUUAUUCAUUCAAUACGGUGUUAUUUAUAUAUCUCUCGCGACAGUUAGAAUAACAAAAGGAAAAUGAAAGAGGCAUCCAACUCUUCGCCGUACCGGCGGCACCGGGACGACGACGUCGAGGCUGGGAACAACGCCUACGUUCACGAGGAGGAUCACAAGGAAACGACGUGUAGUCCUUUCGAUAUCUACCGGACAAAGGAUGCUUCCGUUGACAGGCUCAAGAAAUGGCGGCAAGCAGCACUGGUCUUAAACGCUUCUCGUCGAUUUCGGUAUACAUUAGAUUUGAAAAAGGAAGAAGAGAAGAGAGAAACAAUAAGAAAGAUCAGAGCUCAUGCUCAAGUCAUAAGGGCUGCCUAUCUCUUCAAAGAUGGUGCAAAAAGACAAAAAGAAACUUCGAAACGAGCAGCCCCAAGUCAGUCUGAUACUCCUGAUCAAGUGAAAACAGCAGCACCAGGUCAGUAUGAUAUUGAUCAAGAGAAACUAGCGUCAAUGACAAGGGAACAUGACUUUGAAGCCUUGCAGCACCUUGGAGGGGUCAAAGCUUUGGCUCAGAUUUUGAAGACAGAUAUAGAUAAAGGAAUCCCCGGGGAUGAAGAGGACUUGCUAAAGAGGAAAAAUUCUUUUGGUUCCAAUACCUAUCCUCGUAAAAAAGGACGGGGUUUUUGGAGUUUUGUUUGGGAUGCUUGUCGAGAUACAACUCUUAUCAUUUUGAUGGUAGCUGCAGCUGCUUCUUUGGCGCUGGGUAUUAAGUCUGAGGGUAUUAAGGAAGGAUGGUAUGAUGGAGGCAGCAUAGCAUUAGCUGUUCUAAUUGUUAUUACUGUCACAGCUAUAAGUGACUACAAACAAUCUCUUCAGUUCCAGAGCCUAAACGAGGAGAAGCAGAAUAUUCAUUUGGAGGUUGUUAGGGGAGGCCGGCGAGUUGAGGUUUCAAUAUUUGAAAUAGUAGUGGGAGAUGUCAUCCCUCUUAAAAUUGGUUGCCAGGUUCCCGCUGAUGGAAUUUUGAUUUCCAGUCAAUCACUGUCAGUUGAUGAAUCAAGCCUGACUGGUGAAGUCAAGCCUGUUACCAAGGACUUAAAAUCGCCAUUCUUGAUGUCUGGCUGCAAAGUAGCAGAUGGUUACGGCAAUAUGAUGGUGGCGAGUGUUGGUAUAAAUACAGAAUGGGGACUUUUAAUGGCUAGUAUCUCUGAAGAUAAUGGUGAAGAAACGCCAUUGCAGGUGCGUUUGAAUGGUGUUGCUACAUUCAUUGGAAUUGUUGGACUCUCUGUAGCAGUACUUGUUCUCAUUGUCCUUAUCGUCAGAUACUUUACUGGGCAUACCACAAAUCCUGAUGGGAGUGUACAAUUCAUUGCUGGCAAGACUAAAUUUAGUAAAUCCAUAGAUGGAGUAAUAAAAAUAUUCACUGUUGCAGUCACCAUUGUUGUGGUUGCAGUUCCUGAAGGCCUUCCGUUGGCUGUUACCCUAACGCUUGCAUACUCCAUGAGAAAGAUGAUGGCGGACAAGGCUUUGGUCCGGAGGCUGUCUGCUUGCGAAACCAUGGGUUCUGCUACUACAAUUUGUAGUGAUAAAACAGGAACCUUAACUUUGAAUCAGAUGACUGUGGUUGAGGCCUUCAUUUCUCUUAAGAAAAUGGACCCUCCGGAUAACAAAUCACUUUUACCUCCCACCCUCACCUCUCUGCUUGUUGAAGGCAUUGCACAGAAUACAACUGGUAGCGUAUUUGUGUCCGAGGGUCCUGCGAAUGUAGAAAUUUCUGGAUCCCCUACAGAAAAAGCCAUUCUCCAGUGGGGUGUCAACAUUGGGAUGGACUUUGAAGGAAUUAGAAAAGCUACUUCCAUCCUCCACGCAUUUCCAUUCAACUCGGAGAAGAAACGCGGAGGUGUUGCAUUGAAGCUGUCUGAUGAUACUGAGGUUCAUGUCCAUUGGAAGGGUGCUGCUGAAAUAGUUUUAGCUUCCUGCACCAGAUAUAUCAAUGAAGAUGAUCUCUUGGUACCGAUGGAUGAAGACAAGUCAGAAGUUUUCAGAACAGCCAUUGAAGAUAUGGCUUCCAGAAGUUUGCGUUGUGUUGCGAUUGCAUACAGACCUGAAAAUUUUGAAAACAUCCCACAUGUUGAGGAGGAACUGUCUACUUGGCAAAUACCUGAUGAUGACCUUGUAUUGCUAGCCAUUGUUGGCCUGAAGGAUCCUUGUCGACCUGGUGUCAGAGAAGCUGUUCGGUUAUGUACAAAUGCUGGAGUUAAGGUGCGCAUGGUCACUGGGGAUAAUAUCCAAACAGCUAGAGCUAUAGCCCUAGAAUGUGGGAUACUAGAAUCAGAUGCAGACACCACUGCACCAAAUGUCAUUGAAGGGAAAGAUUUCCGUGCAUUAUCCGAUGAGGAGAAGCUAGAAGUUGCUGAGAAGAUAUCAGUAAUGGGAAGGUCAUCUCCCAAUGAUAAGUUGCUCCUUGUGCGAGCCUUGCGAAAGAGAGGACAUGUUGUUGGUGUAACAGGAGAUGGAACCAAUGAUGCCCCCGCACUGAAUGAGGCUGAUAUUGGUCUCUCAAUGGGAAUCCAAGGAACAGAAGUCGCAAAAGAGAGUUCAGAUAUAAUAAUAUUGGAUGAUAACUUUGCUUCUGUUGUGAAGGUUGUUAGAUGGGGGCGUUCUGUUUAUGCAAACAUUCAGAAAUUCAUCCAGUUUCAACUCACUGUCAAUGCUGCUGCACUUGUAAUUAAUGUUGUUGCAGCAGUUUCUUCUGGUGAUGUCCCUCUGAAUGCAGUGCAGCUUCUUUGGGUUAAUCUCAUAAUGGAUACACUUGGAGCUUUGGCAUUGGCCACUGAGCCACCUACUGAUCACCUAAUGCAUCGACCUCCGGUUGGUCGAAGGGAACCGUUGAUAACAAAUAUAAUGUGGAGGAACUUGCUAAUUCAGGCAGCUUAUCAAGUGAGUGUCCUGCUUGUUCUGAACUUCCAAGGGGAAAAUAUCCUAAACUUGAAGCAUGAUAAUCCUGGCCAUGCCAAAAAAUUGAAGAACACGCUCAUAUUCAAUGCUUUUGUUAUUUGUCAGAUAUUCAAUGAGGUGAAUGCAAGAAAGCCAGAUGAGAUGAAUGUGUUUAAGGGAGUGACUAAGAACCGUCUGUUCAUGUUGAUAGUUGGACUAACUAUUGUGCUCCAGGUGAUCAUAAUAUUCUUCCUUGGGAAGUUCUUCUCAAUUGUUAGGCUUAGCUGGAAACUGUGGCUUGUAUCUGUUGCAAUUGGAUUUGUGAGUUGGCCACUUGCAAUAGUUGGGAAAAUGAUCCCAGUUCCGGAGACACCAUUCAGUGAUCAUUUGUCAAGAUUAUUCAAGAGUAUAUGUCCGAGGAAGAAGAAGAAUACAAAUGUAGUACCACCACCAGCAGAAAAUCAUUAAGAAGAUAUCCAGACAGUGGAGGAAACAAAUUUGCACAGUGAGAGGGAUAUAAUAUAUAUUAUAUAUGGGUAGUAGGUACGUACGUACGUAGUUAAAACAAUGAAUAGUAUAAUUACAUGCAUGGUGGUUGUUGUUAAGAAAUUAAGAAAGAGAGUGAGAUCGAGGAGGAUAUCUUGGAUCUUUAAUUAGUUUGUAAUUUGGUUGUAAUUUUUGAUUAUUGGUUUGGUUUGGUUUGAUUUGAUUUGGUUUUCCCGCCCCCCCCCCCCCCUUAAUUUGAUAUUUUUCUCUCCACUAAUUAUAUAUAAUAAUAUUUGCCAAAGAGCUGUUACUAUUUGUU